CCUUUCUUCUUUAGUGUAGUACUACUGAUGUCAACGUGCGGUACACAAGAACCCAAGAUCCCUUUUCUUCUUCGUUUUUAAGCUUUCUUCUUCUUCAUCUCUGCUUCCUCUAUAUAUAAACUUUAAACAAGUCACCAAAGUCCAUUUUACUUUUAAAUCUACUACUACCACUUCUGGCUAUUCCCUUGAGUCUUCGUUUCGUGUAAGCAUUUAAUGUUUUGGUCUGCUUUUAAACUUGUUUUUAUCUCUUUGGGAAGUGUGGAGUGUGGUCUUCGUGUGUGUCUGUUUCAUUUUAUCAAUAAUCAAGCAUGGUCCAAAAGUUCUAAACUUUAUAUAAAAUUCCCAGAAUCGGAUUGAUCCAAAAAAAGAGUAUUACCACACAAAAAAAAAAAAAAAUCAAGAAGAGGAAGAAAAAAAAGCAGAGUAAAAAUGAGGAGCAUGAUGUUUGAGAGAGAGGGAAGGAAUGAGAUAGAGAGAGAAGAACUAGAUGACUUGGAAGAGACGCAAAACGAAGCAGAUGAUUUCAAGUCAAUACCUCCAUGGAGGAGUCAGAUCACUGUUAGAGGAAUUGUUGCAAGUUUGAUCAUUGGUGUUAUCUACAGUGUGAUUGUGAUGAAACUAAACUUAACCACAGGUUUGGUACCAAACCUAAAUGUCUCUGCAGCACUUUUAGCCUUUGUCUUCCUUAGAAGCUGGACCAAGCUACUGACAAAAGCCGGGUUUGUGACUAAACCUUUCACUAAACAAGAGAACACUGUGGUCCAAACAUGUGCUGUGGCUUGUUACAGCAUUGCAGUUGGAGGUGGCUUUGGUUCAUACCUUCUUGGUUUGAACAAAAAUACUUUUGUCCAGUCAGGAGGAACUCACACUGAUGGGAAUUAUCCGGGAAGCACCAAAGAGCCUGGAAUUGGUUGGAUGACCGCUUUCUUGUUCUUUACUUGCUUUGUUGGUCUUUUAGCAUUGGUUCCUCUAAGAAAGAUCAUGAUCAUAGACUACAAGUUGACAUAUCCGAGUGGAACAGCUACCGCGGUUUUAAUCAACGGUUUCCACACUCCUAAAGGCAAUAAAAUGGCCAAGAAACAAGUGGCUGGCUUUGUGAAGUACUUCUCGUUUAGCUUUAUUUGGGCUUUCUUUCAAUGGUUCUUCUCUGGUGGUGUAGCGUGCGGAUUCAUUCAGUUUCCUACUUUUGGAUUAGAAGCUUGGAAACACUCAUUCUACUUCGACUUUAGCAUGACGUACAUUGGAGCAGGAAUGAUUUGUUCUCACAUUGUCAAUAUAUCUUUACUUUUCGGUGCGGUUCUGUCUUGGGGAAUCAUGUGGCCACUCAUUAAAGGUCUUAAAGGAGAUUGGUUCUCAUCAACUCUUCCUGAAAGCAGCAUGAAGAGUCUCAAUGGUUACAAGGUAUUUAUAUCAAUCUCAUUGAUCCUCGGAGACGGGCUUUACCAUUUCAUCAAGAUACUUCUUAUCACAGCAAGAAACAUGUAUGCCAAGUUAAAGGAUCACCACUCUGGGAAAUCUAAUGCGGAGAAAGAUAAACAAUCUAUUGCGGAUCUAAAAAGAGAUGAGAUCUUUGUAAGAGACAGCAUUCCUUUAUGGGUUGCAGCAGUUGGAUACGCAGCGUUCUCUGUUGUCUCUAUAAUCGCGAUACCUCUAAUGUUCCCCGAACUCAAAUGGUACUUCAUAGUCGUAGCUUACAUGUUAGCUCCAUCACUAGGUUUCAGCAACGCUUAUGGAGCAGGGCUUACUGACAUGAACAUGGCUUAUAACUAUGGUAAAGUCGCUCUGUUCAUCUUAGCUGCUAUGGCUGGGAAACAAAACGGUGUAGUAGCGGGACUCGUCGGAUGCGGAUUGAUAAAAUCGAUCGUAUCGAUAUCUUCUGACCUAAUGCACGAUUUCAAGACUGGUCAUUUGACUCUGACUUCGCCGAGGUCAAUGCUUGUGAGUCAAGCUAUCGGCACAGCUAUUGGAUGCGUCGUGGCUCCUCUCACUUUCUUCUUGUUUUACAAAGCUUUCGAUGUCGGGAACCCUGAUGGAGAGUAUAAAGCUCCGUACGCUUUGGUUUACAGAAACAUGGCGAUUCUUGGAGUAGAAGGUUUCUCUGCUUUGCCUCAACAUUGUUUACAGCUUUGUUACGGGUUUUUCUCAUUCGCGGUGGCAGCGAAUCUCGUUAGGGAUUUGUCGCCGGAGAAGAUUGGGAAGUGGGUUCCGUUACCUAUGGCAAUGGCGGUUCCGUUUCUUGUAGGAGGGUACUUUGCCAUUGAUAUGUGUGUUGGUAGUUUGAUUGUGUUUGCUUGGAAUAUGAGAGAUCGGGUUAAAGCCGGUUUAAUGAUACCAGCGGUUGCUUCCGGUUUGAUAUGUGGAGAUGGUCUUUGGAUUUUACCGUCGUCGGUUCUCGCUUUGGCCGGAGUGAGGCCUCCGAUCUGUAUGAGCUUCAUGCCGAGUAAAACUUAGCUUUUGUGAGUUUUACUUUUUUUUUUUGUCUGUGUAUCGUCAAAUUAGCUAAAGAAAUCAGAAAUGUCUAGGGAUUUUCGAAAUAAAAAAAAAGAGGUUGAGUAGUUAUGUGUAGAAUUGUAUAGUAUAUACUAUAUACAAUAAAAAGAUUAAAAAAUUCUAAUGAAAAUGUUAUAACAGGGUUA